AGUUUCUUAUCUCCAUUCCACAAAUCCAUCUACCAUGAAGCUCAUCUCUACAUUACUCAGAAAGAUCAAGAGCUCAUCUCAGAAGAGUCUGAAACAAUCCACGACCAAUGAUGCAUCAGAUAACAAAAUUUGGAGCCAUAAUGAUCCUUCAAACUAUAGUGAGAAGCUUGAAAAGUAUGAAACUCGGCAGAAAAAGAUUGAGGAGGAAAAGGAAAUUCGAAAGGAACGACGAACUCUUCGUCGACAAAAUCGAUUCCUUGGAUUUCAAAACGAUCUUCUAGUACAUCAAAAUCAGAAGCUGGCUUCUGAAAAGCAUGAAUUGAAAGUUGAACGACAAGAAUUCGCUGAAAAGAAACAUGAAAUGGCAAAACGUCUUCGGAAACAAAGAAAAAUUAGCGAGUAUUAUAGAAGAAAGCUUGUUGAGAUUCAGAGACUUCAGAAGAUGUCAGAAUCUCAUUCCAUCUAAUAAUUAGUUGUUUUCAAAUUCUUUUUGUAGAUGUCACUUUCAAUAUAUCCUGUUUUUUUUUUUAAAAUCACUACUGAUUUAUUCAAAUUUUAAUUAUUGACUAGUAUCUAAAUAAAAUAAUAAUUAU